AUGGGGACCCUGCGGGACCUGCAGUACGCCCUCCAGGAGAAGAUCGAGGAGCUGAGGCAGAGAGACGCCCUGAUCGACGAGCUGGAGCUGGAACUGGACCAGAAGGACGAGCUGAUCCAGAAGCUACAAACCGAACUGGACAAAUACCGCUCGGUCCUGCGGCCGGCCGCUCAACCCCCCAGCCAGAGCGAGUCCAGCAGCAGCCAACUCCAGGAGCAGCAGAGGACCAAGAGGCAGGCUAUCUCGGCAGAGCCCACCGCUUUGGACAUCCAGGACAUCAGCCACGUCACCCUGUCUUGUUAUUCCAAGAGUGCACGGUCAAAGGAGCUGAUCAAGGAUGCCAUCUUGGAGAAUGACUUCAUGAAGAACUUAGAGAUGUCUCAGAUUCAGGAGAUUGUGGAUUGCAUGUACCCGGUGGAGUACAGCCAGGACAGCUACGUUAUUGAGGAGGGAGAUGUGGGCUCGCUGGUGUACGUUAUGGAAGACUUUUUGACAUAUAGUGUCCCCUCCUUUCGCAAUCUUCAGGAGGAAGUUCUAAGCAAAUUUGCUGAUGUACUCGAGGAGACUCAUUACAAAGAGGGCGACUACAUUGUCAGGCAAGGAGCCAGCGGAGACACUUGCUUUAUCAUCAGCAAGGGGAAGGUAAACGUGACACAAGAUGAGUCAAAAAGUGGCGAAGCGGUGCUUCCCACAACUCUGUCCAGGGGAGACUGGUUUGGAGAGAAGGCUCUACAUGGAGAAGACGUAAGGUUGGCCAAUGUAAUUGCAGUGGAGGAUGUGAUCUGCCUGGUAAUUGACCAAGACUCAUUCCGACAGAUUAUUGGAAGCUUGGAAGAUGUGUCCAGUCAAGAACAUGAGAAUGCAGAGAUGCGGGAACAGUUUGAGGCAGAAGCUGCGUUCUUUGCCAGCUUGGAGCGAACAGAUUUCCAUGUCCAUCAAACACUUGGAGUUGGAGGAUUCGGUCGUGUUGAGUUGGUGCAGUUAAAGAAUGAAGAAAAUCGGACGUUUGCAAUGAAGAUUCUGAAGAAGCACCACAUUGUGGAGAUGCGACAGCAGGAGCAUAUUCGCUCGGAGAGGCAGAUCAUGCAGGAGGCUCACUGUGAUUAUAUAGUCAGGUUGUACGGGACAUUCCGAGACCGCAAGUAUCUUUACAUGCUGAUGGAGGCCUGCCUUGGUGGUGAACUGUGGACCAUCCUGAGAGACAGGGGCUCAUUUGAUGAUUCCGUUACACGGUUCUACACUGCCUGUGUGCUGGAAGCUUUUGCAUAUUUACACAGCAAAGGAGUCAUUUACAGAGAUCUGAAACCAGAGAACAUCAUCCUCAAUCACAAAGGUUAUGCUAAACUGGUGGAUUUUGGCUUUGCUAAGAAGAUUGGAUUUGGGAAGAAGACGUGGACCUUUUGUGGGACUCCUGAAUACGUAGCUCCCGAGAUCAUCCUCAACAAAGGUCACGACAGCUCUGCAGAUUACUGGUCCUUGGGCAUCCUAAUGUAUGAGCUCCUGACAGGCAGCCCUCCGUUCUCUGGCUCCGACCCUAUGCAAACGUACAACGUAAUCCUGAGAGGGAUAGAUAUGGUUGAGUUCCCAAAGAAAAUCACCAAAAAUGCAGGCAACCUCAUCAAGAAGCUGUGCAGGGACAACCCUUCGGAGAGACUGGGCACCCAAAAAAACGGAGUAAAGGACAUACAGAAGCACAAGUGGUUUGAAGGCUUUAACUUUGAAGGGCUCAGGAAAGGUACACUAACUGCAGCCAUAGUUCCUAGCGUGACAGGACCUCUGGACACCAGCAAUUUUGACAUCUUCGCCGAGGAGACAGAAGAGGAACCUCCUGAUGAGGAAUCUGGAUGGGAUGUGGAGUUCUAGAUUUAGACCACCACUGAUGAAGCUGGAGAGAAGGAUAUGAACUAGCACAAAGCUCGAAGUGGGGGAACAACCUGUCAAUUUUAUGUAAAUGAGAAACAGAUUCUAAUCCAGGCAUUUGCUCAAUGUAACGAUGUAACAGGCUUAAGCAAUUCAAUUACGAUAAUUGUUGACAUUAAACAUGGACACUUCUCAACAAGUUAAGUGUUUAAUGUGCUCCAGCAGUAUCUGCUCCCUCUCCUUCUCCCUCCUCCUCUCUCCUCCCCACCUCUCCUCCCCCAGGCCUGUGGUGGUUGGCAGUAAGUGAUUUGGCCUAGGAAUUUCCUUCAACACAGUUACUGCUACUUACAAAUUAUGCAUUCACUGAUUCACUUUGCCUGAAGUCCAACUGGCAGUG